AUGCAGCUGCUCCACUACAGAGAACAGGUGUGCCGGUGUCAGCGAGCGUCGCCGUGUCUGCAGGCCCUGUCCAUUAGCCACAAUUUAGCAGGGCCAUCAGAGUGCUCCAAAAGAGCCACAUCAAACAAGUGUGGAGAUCCAGGUGCCCGCCACAAAGCACGGCCAAUCAGCAACAGCCUGGUGCACUCAGAGGGGGAUGAAGACGUCCUGCUCCUCUUUUGUUCUGCAGGAGACAGUGUCAUGUGGAUGCGGCACAGCGCUCAGACAUGA